GGAGCAACUGACUCUCCAAAUUUGCAGAAGGGCCGGCCGGGGAGGACUGCAUUCCUUUCCGAUUUUCCUCCUGGUGCACCAGUGCAGGUCACGAGGCUGCAGGAAUCAUAGAUCUGCGCUCUGAAGUGCUGCGAUCGCAGGGGGGAAGCUAGGUGAAGGUCGACCGUGGUGGGACAAAAAAAGGACUGUCUUCACAACCGCCAGAAUGGCGCGCUCAGCCGCCUUGGCGGUGAUGCUGUUUGCGUCACUUUGUUUGCUUGCUGGCCUCGUCAGAGCUGAUGACGCUGUGGCUGACAUCAAGGACAAAUCCGUCUUUGUCGAAACCUUUGAUGACGACUGGGAGGGGCGGUGGAUACCAUCCAACUUGGAUGACUACAAGGGGCCAUGGAAGUAUUCCAAGAGCAAAGGCCAUGACGACUACGGUCUUCUGGUCACUGAGAAGGCUCGCAAGUACGGCAUCGCGGUGGACCUCCCAGAGACAGUUGACCUGAAUGACGAGGACACCGUUAUUCAGUAUGAAGUACGGCUGCAGGAGGGGAUCGAAUGUGGAGGCGCAUACCUCAAGUUCUUGCACCCUCAGGAGGCUGGGUGGACUGCUGCCGACCUCAAGGACAACACGGGCUACUCCGUCAUGUUCGGGCCUGACAAGUGCGGGUCCACCAACAAGGUCCACUUCAUUGUUCGCGUGAAGAACCCCGUGUCCGGAGAGUACGUGGAGCAUCACCUCAACAACCCCCCCUUCCCCAUCAAUGACAAGAACACGCAUGUUUACACCGCCGUCAUCAAGCCCAAGGAGGAGAAGGUCCUCAUCCUCAUCGAUGGUGAGGAGAAGAAGUCCGCCAGCUUCAAGGAGGACUUUACGCCCCCGUUCCAACCAGAGGAGGAGAUCGAUGACCCGGAGGACACGAAGCCCGCCGACUGGGUCGAUGUCGCCAAGAUCCCGGACCCUGAGGCCACGAAGCCGGAGGACUGGGACGAGGACGCACCUCUGGAGAUCCCUGAUGAGGACGCUGAGAAGCCCGAGGGGUGGCUCGACGACGAGCCCGACCAGGUCGACGACCCCGAGGCUUCCAAGCCCGAGGACUGGGACGACGACGAGGAUGGCGAGUGGGAGCCCGCAAAGGUUGACAACCCCAAGUGUGAAGAGGCCCCCGGGUGCGGCGAGUGGAAGCGCCCGACGAAGCGGAACCCUGACUACAAGGGCAAGUGGAGCGCGCCGCUGAUCGACAACCCGGAGUACAAGGGAGUCUGGGCCCCUCGCAAGAUCCCCAACCCCGCCUUUUACGAGGUCGAGUCGGUCGCCCUGGAGCCCAUCGCCGCCGUCGCCAUCGAGAUCUGGACCAUGAACGACGGAUUCCUCUUCGACAACAUUCUCCUGGGCCACGACCUGGGUGCCGCCAAGGCCUUUGCCGAGGCGACGUCGGGCGCGAAACUCGCAGAGGAGAAGGCGGAGGAGGAGAAGGAGAAGGAGGUAGCGGACGAGGCGGCGGCGUCGGGCAAGGUCAAGAACGUGGUCCUCCAGAAGGUGCUGGAGACGGCGCGCCAGCUGGCGGACGUGGAGGCGCUUGCGUCCGUCAAGCCGUACCUCACACAAGCCUUGGAUCUCGCCGAGCAGAACGAGAUGGCGGCUCUCGUCUCUGCUCUGGCCUUGGUGGCUGGCAUCCCGUUCCUCCUCAUGUUCUGCUUGGUAGGGGGCAAGAAGAAAGCAACCAAGGCCGCCGAGGGUCUGAAGAAGAAGACAGACGCGGCUACCGCCGAUGACGUGGCGCCCGCCGUCGCUCCUGAGGGCAAGGAGAAGCUGCAGGAGGCUGUCAAGGAGGUCGAGGAAGAUGAGGCACCUGCCAGGCGCCGCACUCGUAGAGAAAACUAGGCAGUCGCCGUGUGUGAAGAGUGAAUUCAAAGCUCAGUGAGUGGGUAGUCAAUCGGUAUAGUCAACGCGUGCUUAAUGUGAAAACAUACUUGUCGAAGGGCUGCAAGGCUGGCAAAGCCCGGGGGGCUGUGCUGCUGCUCUGACGAACAGUGUGAAUGAUGCCAAUGUCCUGCUGAGCACGUGUAGUCUGGACGUUUUGAAUUGCAACUUCCAAUGCUUAAUCACAUAGCUUGUUCUCAUGGAUCUAACAAUCCUUUUUCAAAGGAAUGUGGUGGUCACAGAAUAGCCUCGGACUCA